AUGAAUAGCUCAAAAAUUUGCGAUUGUGUCACAGAGGCGAAAGUUCCUCUCAGUGAUACAGAACUACCAGCGUCCGAAAAUGAAGACCUGGAAAAAAUUGAUGCAGACGAACUCGUCGAAGACACUCCUGUAUCACACAAGAUAAUUUGGGAAAAAAUUGACGCAGAUUUUAAUGCGCAAAGAUCCGAGAUCGAAGAGUACAGAGCAUUGAAACAUUCCUCUUGCGAUGUACCCUCCAAUCCAUCGGUACAAUUUUUGGAAGACCACAUAUUCCCAUUCUUGAAAGGCAUACUAGUAGAUACUCUGAAUAAAGCUAAAGAAUUGGAUUGUGUGAAGCACCAAAAAAGUACAUUUAACGCCCUUGAUUUCAUUGCAGAACAGCUCUAUAAUGUAAACCCCCAUCAUUUAGAGAGAAACAACCCUCGGGUGUACAUUUUCGAUAUGCCUUGGGUUGUACAGUGGCUUGGCGAUAAUCCUAGACCAUAUUUUCCACUGUCAUGGGUAUGGAGCAGAAUUUACGCCGCUACAAAAAUACAGGCAUACAUGCGAGGGCACUGGACAAGGUCCAGGAGGGAUGUGCAAGAAAUGAGACAAUUUUGGAAGAUUAUACGCGAAGAAAACAAACUAAAAACAAUAAAUAUUUUGCAAAGUUAA